AUGUCCUCCAUGGUGCGACACGAGUACAGCCUCGUGACUGACUCCGAAAAGGGGACGGCAAGUCGCAGUGCUGUGCGCCGUCAGAAGAGACGCGGCGCUGCGGUGCUCGCCAUCGUUCUCGUCGCUCUCGCUACGGCCUUCGUCAUCACUCCCCUGCCUCAUCAAGAAGUGGAAGCGUCAAGCGAGUGCGAGGCGACGGCGAGCUGCAACGGCUCCGAGUCCACACACCUCUGGGGCCAGUAUUCGCCCUUCUUCCCGGUGCCGUCGGACCUGGAGACGUCGGUGCCGGACGACUGCUCCCUGACGUCGGUGUCGGUGCUGUCGCGCCACGGGUCCCGGUUCCCGACGGCACACAAGACCGAGACGUACUCGUCCCUCAUCUCCCGGAUCCAGGAGUCGGUGACGGAGUACGCUGACGGGUUCGAGUUCAUCCGAGACUACACGUACGAUCUGGGGUCGGACUCGCUCACCGCGUUCGGACAGCAGCAGCUGUCGGACCUGGGCUCGACGGUGCACGGGCGGUACGGGGGUCUGGUAUCGUCGGCGGACGACGGGCCGUUCGUGCGGGCGUCCGGGUCGGCACGCGUCAUCAUGUCGGCCGAGAACUUCACGUCGGGCUUCUACGCAGCCAAGGGCACGCUGGGCAACGGUGAGGCCAUUCUGGUCGUCUCCGAGGACGAGGGGUACAACAACACGCUCAACCACGGGGCGUGCACGCAGUUUGAGGAGGGGCCGGACGCCGACCUCGGCGACGACAAGCAGGCGGCCUACGCGGCCACGUGGAUCCCCGACGUGACGGACCGGCUCAAUGCCAAGCUCCCGGGGGCCAACCUGACGGACGAGGAGACGGUGUACGUCAUGGACCUGUGCCCGUAUGAUACGGUGGCCAGCGAUGGCGCGCGCGACGUCUCGAAGUUCUGCAACCUCUUCUCCCGCGCCGAGUGGCUCGACUACGACUACUACCGCUCCGUGGAGAAGUGGUACGCCUACGGGUCGGGCAACCCGCUGGGAUCGACGCAGGGCGUGGGCUACGUCAACGAACUGGUGGCCCGGCUCACGCGCUCCCCCGUGAAGGACCAUACGUCGACCAACUCGACCCUCGACUCAGACCCGGCCACGUUCCCCCUCAACAGGACCCUCUACGCCGACUUCAGCCACGACAACACCAUGUCGUCCAUCUACGCCGCCCUCGGCCUGUACAACGCCACCGGCAACCUGCCCGUCGACGAGAGGGUCGAGCCCGGACAGGCCGCCGGCUACUCGGCCGCCUGGACCGUGCCGUUCGCCGGGAGGAUGUACGUCGAGAAGAUGAGCUGCGCCGCCGCCGACGAGGAGCUCGUCAGGAUCUUGGUCAACGACAGGGUCGUCCCCCUGCAGAGCUGCGACGCCGACGAGCUGGGGAGGUGCAGGCUGUCCGACUUCGUCGACAGCCUGUCGUUUGCCAGGGACGGAGGGGACUGGGACAAGUGCUUUGUCUAG